GUCUGUCUGGAAACAAAGCAGAGUUUACCAACGCAAUACAGCAUGCUCUGCUGAAGAGGAAUUUUUUUUUUUUUUGAAGAUUCAAGUUUGCAAGAGAACAAGGACCCUCACCUUAAUCACGUGACGGUGAAGGCGCGUGGAGGUGGGCGUGUCCUCGCGCGCUUGACUGGCGCUCACCUGGGUCACAGUGAACCAUCCGAGGGUCGAGCAGUGCGCUUUGACGGAAGUGGACACGCAGAGUAAGGUGGACGUGCUCAUGGCUUCUCCUCUGAAAGCGGGGUUCCACAGACUGGAGAUCCAGAAAACCACAUGGGACGUUCCUGACCGCUACUCCUCACUCAAGCCCGUUGGCUCUGGAGCCUAUGGGACAGUGUGUUCUGCAACUGACCAGAAGACAAAGGAAAAGGUGGCCAUUAAAAAGCUGUACAGACCGUUCCAGUCUCUGAUCCAUGCUAAACGUGCCUACAGAGAACUGCGCCUGCUCCGUCACAUCCAGCACGACAACGUGAUCUGCCUCCUGAAUGUCUUCACCCCUGAUUCCACGCUGGAGAAAUUUGAUACUUUCUAUAUGGUGAUGCCGUUUGUUGCUCAGGAUCUCGGGCACAUAAUGAAGAGAAAACAGUUAACCAGCAAAGUCAUCACAUACCUGUUUUAUCAGAUUCUGCGAGGACUCAAGUAUAUUCAUUCUGCUGGGAUCAUUCAUCGGGAUCUUAAGCCUAGUAACCUUGCAGUGGAUGAAAACUGUGAAUUAAAGAUCCUGGACUUUGGACUGGCGAGACACGCUGAAACGGAGAUGACGGGUUAUGUGGUGACUCGCUGGUACAGAUCCCCUGAAGUCAUUUUCAACUGGAUGCAUUAUACUCAAACAGUUGAUGUUUGGUCUGCUGGCUGCAUCCUGGCCGAGAUGAUAACAGGAGAGGUGCUUUUCCCAGGCACUGACAGUAUUGACCAGCUGAAGAAGAUCCUCAGUUUGACAGGCACUCCAAACUCAACGCUUGUUCAGAAAAUGCAAAGCAAAGAUGCACAAUCAUAUGUCCGCUCCCUUCCAGUCCAAAAGAAAAAGGCCUUCAAAGAGGUCUUUUCUGGUAUGGAUCCUAACGCCAUUGACCUGCUGGAAGGCAUGCUGGUUUUAGACCCGGAGGUCAGACUUACGGCAAAAAAUGCUCUUUCGCAUCCAUAUCUUUCUGAGUUCCACGACCCUGAAAACGAGCCUGUGUCUCCUGCAUAUGAUGACUCCUUUGAGAGUCUGGAUCUGGCCGUCAGCGAAUGGAAGAGUCUUAUCCACAUGGAGAUCAUGACAUUUGACCCGGACAACCCCAGAGCGACUGCAACAUAACACCUCAUAUUCACAUCAGGAGAACAGCACUCCAAACAAUCAAACACACUGAUCGACUAUUGUCUGCUUUUUUAUCAAAUGUCUUUAAAACCUGUUGUUUUCAAGCACAGUUCCACAGUUUUUCAUCCUUUUUUUUGUUUUGUUUUGUUAUCAGUGUUAACUAGAUAGAUAUUGACUCUGUCUAAGUGUGUAAACCAACUUUUAAAGAUUUUUUAAGAUAUCAAGUAUUUUAAGAUAAUCAAGUGAAGAAAGAUAAAAGUGUAAAAAAUAAAAAAUAAACAUU